UUUAAUAAAGCAGAAACAUUUUCAUUUUCUUAUUUUCUGCGGUGAAAAAAUCCAAAAUAAUCGUGGAAAAGUGAAAAUCCACCAAAAUGAGUGCGUUCCUCGAGUUCAUCGAGAUGGACAACUUCAAGUCCUACAAAGGGAAUGUCUGCAUUGGACCCCUAAAGGAGUUUACAGCUGUAAUUGGACCCAAUGGCUCGGGCAAGUCCAAUUUCAUGGACGCAAUUAGUUUUGUGAUGGGAGAGAAGACCAGCAACGUCAAUUCCGGAAAGUACACAAUUGAGCUGGAGAAUUUGGGAAUAAACGUCAAGGCGCGCAACUUCCUCGUAUUCCAGGGAGCUGUUGAGAGUAUCGCCAUGAAGAAUGCAAAAGAACGAACGACUCUCUUUGAAGAGAUUAGUGGCUCUGGAGCACUCAAAGAUGACUACAAUCGCACAAAGCAGGAGAUGCAGAUUGCCGAGGAGGAGACCCAGUACACGUACCAGAAGAAGAAAGGCAUUGCUGCUGAACGCAAGGAAGCCAGACUGGAGAAGUUGGAAGCUGAUCGCUAUGCCAAGAUCAAGGAGGAAUAUGCAAACUUGCAGGUUAUCUACAAUCUCUUCCGGCUGCAUCACUGCGAAAAGGACAUUGAGCGGCUCAAUGAGGAGAUGGAGAUAAAGCAGCAGGAGAUUCAGAAUGUGGAACAGCGCAAGGAACAAGCGGAUGAAGUGUUGAAGGAUAAGAAGAAAGAAGCUGGAAAGAUUGCGCGUGAAUUGGCAAAAGUGGAUCAAGAUAUAAGGGAGGUGGAGACAAAUAUGAGCAAGAAGCAUCCUGUUUUCAUAAAGGCCAAGGAGAAAGUGGCUCACACGCAGAAUAAAUUGGACUCCGCCCGGAAGACCCUGGAUCAGGCAAAUCGUGCAGAUCAAGCACAUCAGGCGGACAUUGAGAAGCUCGAAGGAGAAUUGGCGGCAAUUGAGGCGAAGAAGAAGCAAUUUGAGCAGGAAGUUGCCGGAGAGUCCCGCAAGCGAGGGAUUAAUUUGAAUUUGGGAGACGGACAGGUGCAGGAGUACGAUAGAUUGAAGCAGAAAGCCGAUGCAACGGCUGCAAAGUAUCUCUCAAAAUUGGAUUCAGUGAAUCGUGAACAGAAAUCAGAUCAGGAUCUCCUGGACAAUGAGUACAACAAGAAGAGUAACAUCGAUGAGCAAGUGAAGACGUUCAUGUUGGAAAGGGAGGAAGUUGAGAAGCGCACAUCAAAGCUCCGGGAUCACAUUGAAUCGAGCAAAUUGGCGCUUGAGGAGCAGAAUCGCAUCAAGCACGAGCUGAAGACGGAUGUGGGUUCAUCGAAAGAUCGCAUCGCUGAGCUCCAUCGGGAACUUGAGGAUGUCCGUGAGCAGCUGGGUGAUGCCAAAGUGGACAAGCACGAGGAUGCUCGACGCAGGAAGAAGGAGGAAGUGGUGGAGCUGUUCAAGAAGGAAGUUCCUGGUGUGUACGAUCGCAUGAUCAACAUGUGCCAGCCGAUCCACAAGCGCUACAAUGUGGCCGUCACCAAGGUGCUCGGGAAGUACAUGGAGGCAAUUAUUGUGGACACCGAGAAGACAGCCAGGCGAUGCAUUCAGAUUCUCAAGGAGCAAAUGCUGGAGGUGGAGACAUUCCUUCCGUUGGACUACCUUCAGGCAAAACCACUCAAAGAUCGUCUGCGUAACAUCAAUGAGCCCCGGAAUGUGAAGCUCGUGUACGAUGUGCUCAAAUUCGAGCCUCCACAGAUUGAACGAGCUGUUCUCUUUGCCACAAACAAUGCUCUCGUGUGUGAGACACCCGAAGAUGCCAUGAAGGUGGCCUACGAGAUGGAUAGGAGUCGCUAUGAUGCUCUAGCGCUGGAUGGGACUUUCUACCAGAAGAGUGGAAUCAUUUCCGGCGGUAGCCACGACUUGGCGCGCAAGGCAAAGAGAUGGGAUGACAAGCAUAUGGCACAGUUGAAGGCACAAAAGGAGAAAUUGAAUGAGGAAAUGAAGGAGCUAAUGAAGAAAUCACGCAAGCAGGGAGAACUCACAACGGUUGAGAGUCAGAUAAAGGGUUUGGAGAAUCGCCUCAAGUACAGUCAGAAUGAUCUUGAGGCCAGUAUCAAGUCAAUGAAGGAGUACGAUAGGAAGUUGAAGAAUCUGCAGGAUGAACUCAAUAGUAUUGAUCCGAAGAUUAAUGACAUUGAGCGUCGUAUGAAUGCGAGGAAUAAGAAUAUUCAGGAUAUCAAGGAGAGUAUGAACAGUGUUGAAGAUAAGGUUUAUGCGGACUUUUGUCGUCGCAUCGGGGUGACCAACAUUCGUCAGUAUGAAGAGCGUGAGCUGGUGAUGCAGCAGGAGCGUGCCAAGAAGUUGGCAGAUUUUGAGCAGCAAAUUGACAAGAUCAUGACGCAUUUGGACUUUGAGCGUAGCAAGGAUACAAAGAAGAAUGUCCAGCGUUGGGAGAGAACGGUGCAGGAUGAAGAGGAUGCUCUGGAGACCUUUCAGCAGGCUGAAUCACGCUAUAGGUCGGAGAUUGAGACGGAUAAGCAGCGUAUUGAUCAGUUGAAGCAGGAGAAGCAAAACAAGAAGACGCAAGUUGAUCAAAUGGAGUCUGAGACGGCAAAGGCACGUCGGGAUGUGGCUGCAUUAGCCAAGGAGCUUCAUACUCUCGGGACACAACUUAGUGGCAUUGAGGCGAAGAUUGAGACAAAGAAGAAUGAUCGUCACAGUAUUCUGAUUCAGUGCAAAAUGGAUGAUAUAAUCAUCCCAAUGCUCAAUGGAACAAUGAAUGACAUUGUGCAGCCUGGACAGGAUGGAGACAGUGAGUCCAUCAACAGUUCCACAAUCUACGCACGUGAGAGUAAUCUCAAGAUUGACUACGAUCUCCUCCGGAGGGAUCAACGUGAAGCUAAAAGUGCUGAUGCUGUGAAGAAGAAGCACGAUGAGCUGCAGAAGGAACUCCAAUCGAAGCAGGAUUUACUCGAAAGUAUCCAGACGCCUAACUUGAAGGCCAUGCAGAAGUUGGACAUGGUUUCAGAGAAGGUAGCUUCGACGAAUGAGGAGUUUGAGAAUGCGCGGAAGAAGACAAAGAAGGCCAAGACGGCUUUUGAGCGUGUCAAGAAUGAUCGUACAAACAAAUUUACUCACUGCUUCAGUCACAUUUCCGAUGCAAUUGAUGGGAUUUACAAGGCUCUGGCACGCAAUGAGGCUGCUCAGGCAUAUUUGGGUCCGGAUAAUCCAGAGGAGCCUUACCUGGGAGGGAUUAACUACAACUGCGUGGCGCCAGGAAAGAGAUUCCAAGCUAUGGCCAAUUUGAGUGGUGGAGAGAAGACUAUUGCCGCACUGGCGCUCCUCUUUGCCAUCCACAGCUACCAACCGGCACCCUUCUUCGUGUUGGACGAAAUUGAUGCUGCUCUGGACAACACAAACAUAGGCAAAGUAGCUUCGUACAUCCGUGAGAAGACCCAGAAUCUCCAGACGAUUGUUAUUUCACUCAAGGAGGAAUUCUAUGCUCAUGCAGAUCUUCUCAUUGGGAUCUGUCCUGAUGCAGGCGAUUGCCUCAUUUCGCGCGUUUAUUCCUUUGAUCUGAAGUCCUUUGAAGUACGCGACAUGUAAUAAUCUUUUUCCUUCUAUUUUAUGCUGAAAUUCCCAUAAAAAACGUCGCUAUUGUGAGAAAUUUGGAGUCCAUUCAUUGAUUGAAUUCUUGUAGUGGCAAAAAUGGAUUUAAAUAAAAAUAUGUAUCUGACAGAGAAAUAAAA